ACAAGUGCAAGGGUAAAAUCCCUUGAUACAUUGAGCUACACCACCAAAAAAUAACUGGAAAAAGGCUGGCACAUGCAAAACAAAUCCUCCUAGCUAACCAACCAUGUAUGAAAAUUCAUAAAUGUCUCCUUGUAUGGUACACUUGAAAGACACAACCAUCUCCUUGACAAAGAUGUCCUUCACAUGGGAAUUAAAGAUGUAUUUUAGUCACCUUAACUGGCUGUAAGUUGCAAAGGAUCAAACUUGUAUAGAUGUUGCCAUUCUAACUGCCAUUCUGACCAACGUGGUACUGAUCUAAUCCCCGCUUCUAAUAAGUUCUUUUAAAUUCUCCCUUUCUGACUGACAUAGCCCUCUCUCUCUCUCUCUCUCUCUUUAGAAGCUCUUUUAAAUUCUCCCUUUCUGACUGACAUAACCCUCUCUCUCUCUCUCUCUCUCUCUCUCUCUCUCAAGAGGACAACAAAAUUAUGGGUGCUUUAGAAAUUUUCUUGAUUUUCUUUGUUUUUAUUGGGGUGCUCUGUUUGGUCAAUGGGCAACCUCUAGUUCCAGCAUUGUUCAUAUUUGGUGACUCUGUUGGAGAUGUAGGCAAUAACAACCAACUUUUCACUAUUGUCAAGGCAAACUUCCCUCCUUAUGGAAGAGACUUCAUAGGUCACAAACAUACUGGAAGGUUCUGCAAUGGAAAGCUCGCCUUAGAUUUGACCGCUGAGAAUAUAGGUUUCACCACAUACCCACCAGCUUAUCUUAGCAAGGAAGCAAGUGGACAGAACCUCCUGACUGGAGCCAACUUUGCUUCUGGUGCUUCUGGGUAUUAUGAAGCUACUGCACAACUAUAUCAUACCAUACCAUUGAGUAAGCAGCUGGAAUACUACAAGGAGUGCCAGAAGAAAUUGGUGGGAAUUGCUGGGAAGGCCAAUGCUUCGUCCAUUAUCUCUGGUUCAAUCUACUUCAUCAGUUCGGGGAGUAGCGACUUUGUUCAGAACUACUAUAUCAAUCCUCUGCUCUACGAGAAGUACACAACUGAUCAGUUCUCAGACAUUCUCAUUCAGUCUUAUGCAACUUUCGUUCAGGAGCUAUAUGGAUUGGGAGCGAGGAAGAUCGGAGUUGCAACGCUGCCACCGCUAGGAUGUCUGCCGGCAUCCAUUACAAUAUUCGGCUCUGAUAGCAAUGAGUGUGUGGCCAAGUUAAAUAAAGCUGCAAUCUCAUUCAAUAACAAGCUCAAUGUCACCUCUCAGAAUUUGCAAAACAAGCUUUCCAACCUCACCCUGGUUGUCUUGGACAUCUAUCAACCUCUCUAUGACCUUGUCACAAAGCCUGCUGCUAAUGGUUUCGCAGAGGCAAGGAGAGCAUGUUGUGGUACGGGGUUGCUGGAAACAUCGUACCUAUGCAAUGCCAAGUCCCCUGGAACCUGUGCAAAUGCAUCGCAGUACGUCUUCUGGGAUGGCUUCCACCCAUCUGAGGCUGCCAACGUCAUCUUAGCCAAUGAUCUGCUCAUCAGCGGCAUCGCCCUCAUUUCCUAAUUCCACACCUAAAAUCACUCUUGGGCCUUUCCCAUUAAUUAACUUUGCUUUUGCUGAUCUUGUUGGCGAGUUUUAUCAGCCUUUUGCCCAGUUGGUUUGUGUAUGUGUGUGUGUGGUGGUAUGACUUCACUUGAAUAAUGGAGGUACGAAGUGUAUGAUGUUUGUUGGAAGCUUUAUGUAACUUGGAGUCUUACGAGGGCGAGAUCACUCGCACUAUUUGUUUCCUUUGUGACUCUUUCUCUGUUGUAUUUGAAACAUCUGUGUCUAUCAAUGUCUUCUUCCUUCA